AUGACGGAGUGGCUGACGCUUGCUUGCCUGCAGGUGACAUACGCCCUGUGCUGGACACUUAGCGUGGUGACUGCUCUGACGGUGGUGUACUCGGUGUUCGACUGGAACAACCGGGGUUCAUACGUUUUAGCCUGGGCGUCCACGUACGCCGCCCUUCACCGGCUUGCUUGGGGGCUGGCCGUCUGCUGGGUCGUGUUCGUCUGCGCCACUGGACAAGCCGCGCUUGUGAACCGCCUGCUCUCGCUGGACCUGUUCGUUCCCCUGAGUCGACUCACGUAUUGCGGAUAUCUCGCCCAAAUGCUAAUAAUCUCCACCAGGCUGGUCACGCAGAGGCAUUCGGUGUACUACACACACUGGCUCUUGGUUCGAGACUACUUGGGCCACACGGUGCUCAUCUACAUGUUCGCGUACCUGAUGUACCUGUUGUGCGAGUGCCCCACAGUCAAGCUUAGCAAGAUGGCCCUCAACGCGCUCACGCUUGCCGUCAGCAGAGGCACAAGCAAGGAUUCGAAGAGCUCGGCCACACAAAACUGCUGCCGCCUCUAGCGUGCACUGCGCACAUCCCACAGCGUUUCACUCGGUUUUUGGUUAGCAUUAUAGGUCUCACAUCGCUCCAGUCGAUUCCUCCGUAUUGCGUUUGUUUUCAGUGUUCGGUUUAGGUUUAUCCGCAGUUAAAGUCUGCGCGCACCAUUUACAGCACGCAGCAAUUGUGCGACCUUGCUCUUUGUUGAAAAUAAUUCCUUAAUGCUCAUAAGGCGCGUUCUGCGAGGUUAUUUAGCGAACGAGUGAAACAGUCGUUUCAGAACUGUUUAGCAGGUAUAUCAUUAUUUGUUGGAGCGAACGGGUAAAACAGUAACAUUAGAAAUGUUGAACGUGUAUGUUAUUAUUGUUUCUUCUUUAUUUAUGGAGAGCUGGUUGAACGUGUCGCACAUAUGCCAAACCAGCUUUCCUUAUUCCCGCUUCACCUUUAUUUUUUUUUUCCAACUUCACGCGUGAGUUCUCAAAGUGUAAUAAUCUCUUUAUCAGCAGCCUCUUGCACGGAAUGAAUUAUCUAAGCACCACGAUUUAUCUAUUCCUUUGCCGACAUGAUAUACACAUCUUAACUUUCACGCAGUCUCCCACCUCUCGUUUUGUUUUGUUGCACAUGUGAGAGCUUUCUUCCUCUGUAGCGCAGAACUGAAUUGCACUGAAUUUCUUUCCGUUCAAAGAGAGAGGAAACCGAGACUGAAGGUGGACAGGCCUGACGAGGUCCCACGGCUCCCUUACAAAACAGCCGACAUGGUGGCAGUUGUUCCCCAGAGUAUAAAACUUGCAGAGCACAACUCAUACCAGGGUACAUCAAGAGAUGAAUACAGAAAAAUACAUUUUUACCGCAUAUUGCAAUCAGUACAAUGAACUUGAUAAAGGAUCACUUACAGUAUAAGUAACAUGAAAUGCAAGAGUAUACAACAAAAUGUGAGGAUUUAUAAAAAUCGUAGGUGGCAAGCAUAAGAACGAAAAAAAAAAAAAAACUGCUGACAAGAGUAUAUCCAUAACAGUGAAAUACAAAGAUGUAACCUG